AUGAAACCUACUUUAACAUUUGGCCACCAAUUAGGCCCAUUGCUAGUUUGGGUUGACAUUGAUUCCUCUGUGAAUCUCUCUUUGCAGGCUGACAAACGAGCACAUCACAAUGCGCUGGAGCGCAAACGUAGGGACCACAUUAAAGACAGCUUCAGCAGUUUACGGGACUCUGUGCCUGUGUUACAAGGGGAGAAGGUUAGUAAAGUUAGUAAUCUGUAUUUUCAACUUUCCAGCUCUGUCUGACUGUAGAAUAAAUACCGUAUGAAGUUAGUAGUUUGUAUGAAUGUCCAAAUGUAUUCAUGCUAAAUGUACUACAGUAGCAAUGGUGAUCUAAUAAGCCUCACCCAUUAUUUUGAACAGUUUAUCUUUCAUUUUCAUUAAUGAGUUAAUAAUCAGCUUGGAUUGAUACUUGGUUCCAAUAAGCUAAUGGUAUUUAGACUAAUCUUGAAUAACUAGGCCAGCAGUGUGUGUCAUCUGUAAUGCUGUGUUAAGGACAAAAGCAACAUUGUCUCAUGGCUGAGUUUUUAAUUUGCUGCUGACAGCAAUCUGUCAAACAGGCUUCCCGAGCUCAGAUCCUAGACAAAGCCACAGACUACAUCCAGUACAUGAGACGAAAAAACCACACACACCAGCAGGACAUUGACGACCUGAAGAAGCAGAAUGCAAUGCUAGAGCAGCAGGGUGAGUGUGGGCUCAAGGCCCAGGGACAACUGCAGGUGCAGGAGGGUGAGUCAUGGUGUGUCUGGGUCAGGUGCACUACUGAUCAGAGCCAUACUUGCACUACUUACGCUCUGCUUCUGAUGGCCUUUUUUUGCAUUAUCCCAGUGAACAAUGUUUCAUGGUGGAGAAGGGAGAGACUGAUACUUCUCCUGUUCUGUGUUUCUCUGGGUGAUUGCAGUCCGUGCACUGGAGAAGGCCAAGGGGAACACUACGCUCCAGCCCAACUACUCGUCCUCUGACAGCAGCUGGUACACCAACCCCAAAGGGAGCACAGUGUCUGCCUUCGAUGGAGGCUCCGACUCCAGCUCUGAAUCAGAGCCAGAGGAGUCGCCCAAUAGAAAGAAGCUGCGUGUUGAGCCCAGCUAG